AUGAGAAUGAGAACCCUGUGGUGGCUGUUUUCACUGGCAUUCUUUGUGUCUUUUAUCAAUAUUGGAUACGGGUUCGACUGUCUCGCUCAGUGGUGUGAUACAUGUCUUCCCGCAAAGGUUCAUGAUGCACCUGGGGUUGGCUUCGAUUUGACCCCCUCAUACGGGACAGCCGUGGUGCACUACCAUAAUGGAACUGUUGUCGAGGUUGCGAAGGUUCCGGGGAGUCCGAAGUACCUCGAACUUAUGGCACGUCUGACUACCGAAUCUGAGCCUUUAGCAGGCUCAACCCUCGGUUUAAUAAGUGAACUUCUAUCACGCUUAUUGGAACAUCUCCUUCCGGGCGUGUCAUCACCGUGGAGAGACUGGUGGCAUCGGCUGAACACGAAACUCGGUCGACCAGUUAAAGCAGAUGACGUCGAAAUAAUUAGCGAUUUACUCCACGAACUGAAAGCCUCCACUGAAAAGAAAAUCUCCCAGCCUCUCGGCAGGGUUGCCGUUACAGACCCCGGCUUCCAGUCGCUUAGUACAGCGACAAUCAACGCUGCACUUCGAAUGUUAGAUCUACGCUCAUGGGUUGGACACGACAGCCCUUAUUACACACAGCGGCUAUUGGAAGCAGAUGCUGCUUAUGGGGCGAACGGUUAUGGACUAUGCACCAAUUACCUGGAUCGCUCCGAUUGCAUGGACGAAUUUGCAGAGUCACCCGAUGCUAAUAUAUUGUUUGUUUCCUAUAACCGCAAUCUCUUAUAUGCUAGUAUUGUGGAAGGUACAGCUAGUGAAGCUUUCAGUCGGGUUGCCUAUGUUGCCAUGCAACUCGUGGAUUACGAUAUUGGGCUAGAUCGUCUUCUCGAGAAAGAUGAGGCCGCAAUAUGGGACCGUCUUCAUUCGCAACUCCAGAUCCUGCCUCGGGAGUACGAAUACACGGUUACGCAUCUCCUUUUAGCUGGUGAGAGCAUAACGCAUCCCCGCUUCCUAGCUACCUUAAGGGAUUCUAUGUCUGAACUCUCGCUUGAUCCUGUCAAUAUCAAACUCGCAAUAAAUCCAACUUUUGUUGCGGCUCGUGGUGCGGCACUAUAUGCCCGAAGGCGCCAAGAGGUGCAGAGCGACUGCACCGAACGGAGUGAAUGUGAAGAGAGGAGGAUUCACGAGAGAAUGUACAAUCCCACACAAGAGGAUCUGCGUUGA